AUGUCUCACCCUCCAGCACAACAGGACUCCGCCAAUCCUCUAGGUCUUCCAAUCUACGAAUGCUGGUUCUGUCCAACACGAUGGGUAGGAUUCUCCAGUCUUCUCUUUCACCUUGAAGACGGCUGCUGCGUGAAGAAGGACCGCAUCCGCACCCUCGCCUUCGAGUGCCCCGAAUAUGGCUUCUAUGGAAACCAACUCACCGACGAUAAUCCCUUCUUCUGUUUCCACUGCCAAUCUCAGUUUCCUCAAAUUUCAUACCUUUAUUAUCAUGUCGAACGCAGCUCUUCCUGUUCGCACUUGCUUGACAAAUCUGAGUGCCUAGAUGCUCUCCGUGACUUCUACAUCGAGUACUAUGAGUGCCCUGGUACGGAUUACAUCCACUUUUGA